AUGGGCGGCGGCAACCAGAUUCCCCUUCACUCAGUCUCAAGGGCUAGUUCAGACCCGAAAUGCUCGACCACGGCGACAUCCGACCAAAACUCUCAUCUCCAUGCAGUAGUGGACAUGGGCAGCAAUGGUAUCCGAUGCUCAAUCUCGGACCUGUCGGCCCCGACUACGCGCGUGAUCCCCACUGUCCACUUUCAUCGUGUCAAUAUCUCCCUCUACGAGGCCCAGAUUGAUCCUCAUACCGGUAAUCGCAUUCCUAUCCCUCGGUCCAUCAUCGACCAUGUUGUCAGCGCGAUCAUUAGAUUUCAGAUCAUCUGCGUCGAGAUUGGCGUACCGGCCUCCAAUAUUCGCCUCAUUGCUACCGAAGCCACCCGGACAGCCCUGAAUUCUACGGCCUUCACCGACACGAUCCUGAAAUCUACGGGGAUCAAGGUAGAGAUGCUGCGCAAAGAGGAGGAAGGUAUUGUGGGCGCAUGGGGUAUUGCAAGCAGUUUCUCCGACGUCGAGGGACUGGCACUGGAUCUCGGAGGAGGGAGCAUGCAAAUGACUUGGAUCAUUUCACAUGCGGGCAACGUUCAGAUCAGCCCGCGAGGGUCAGUAAGCUUUCCCUACGGAGCUGCCGCUUUGACCCAGAAACUAGCCGACUUGAAACGCGGCAAGAACAAGGAGGAGGCUCGGAAGGCGAAGGAGCGCUUUCGCGAGGAGAUAUCCCGGAACUUGCGCACUGCCUUCAAUCAGAUCGAAGUACCAGACAGCCUGGUGCAAAAGGCCCACGAACAAGGGGGGUUCCCCUUAUAUCUCUCUGGUGGCGGCUUCCGAGGCUGGGGCUACCUUCUCCUAUACCUCCAUCAGACGCGAGGUCAAAACUAUCCAAUCUCAAUCAUCAACGGUUACUCGGCGCCUAAGGAGGACUUUGAGAACACUGAGGCCCUCGAAGAAGUCGCCCGGACGGCCCAUGAAAUUUUCCGUGUCUCCGACCGUCGGCGCAAACAAGUGCCCUCGGUGGCAUUCUUAGUCAAUGUUCUCGCCGAAUCUUUGCCCCACGGGAUCCGGGAGGCGCACUUCUGUCAGGGCGGCGUCCGAGAAGGGGUCUUGUUCCGUCAAAUGCUACCGGUCGUCCGGCAACAGGAUCCCCUGGAGGUGGCAACUGCUCGCUAUGCGCCCUCAUCGGCCCAGGCAAUCGCGGCACUGAUGUUGGCCGCUCUUCCCCGACCCGACGCCGGCCGAUCCGUUCCUUCAUCUCUCAGUCUCCAUCUCGUUCAGGCAUUUGCCAAUGCCCUCUAUGUCCAUGCCUCCAUGGCUAAGGAAUUAUCCUCUAGCGCCGCUCUCUACAGUACGAGCACAGGCAUCCUAGCUUCGACCCACGGAAUCCCUCAUUCGCAUCGGGCUCUCUUGGCUCUCAUGCUCCAGGAGCGCUACGGUGGAGAACUGCCGCCACGCGAUGUGGAUCUCAAAUCUCACUUGCAGGGUAUUCUGACCCCCGAGGAAGUGUGGUGGACACGGUACCUGGGUAAAUUUGGGUUGAUCUUAGGUCAACUGUAUCCAACAGGAUCUAUUGACACGUCGAAGCCACGCAUCAUUCCCUCUGCCCGAUGGGUGACGGGGCUUGGCAAAAAUGGAAAGAAAGAUGGUCUCCAGCUAACCAUUGCCAUCCAAAAGGUCCAAUAUGACCCAACGCACCUCAAAGAGGAACUUGAGCGAGAUAUACAGAAAAUUCACAAGGUCGGAAAACGUAAGAAUUGGAUUGGUGGCAAGAACGGCUGGGGCAUCAAAGUCGUGGUGUCUAUCGAGGAAGAGGAUCUGCUAUCCACACACCAGGUUCCAGCCGACCUGUGA